AUGUCCUUCUUUGCUGGGUCCGAUCGGGACGCAGCUGCUCAAAGAGGUCCCUACGUCGACGAGUGCGCCAAGUUCCACCUGAACCAAGAACACGAUCCUUCAAACCAUCACCCUCACCACCACCACCACCACCACUCUCAUUCUCAACACGAUCAACGCGCCUACCAGAAGCCCCCGCUCCGUCAAAGCUCGGGAAACGCUUCUAACAACUUCAUCGACCUGACAGGCGACAGCGACAGUCCUCCCAUCUCCCCUCGCCCUAAGCACUUUCCUCAUCUUGAUGCCGAUCGCGCGACCCCCUCCAGCUGGAAAUCCAAGCCUGAGGCCAGCCAACCUCCAAGUUCAGCGUCGCGUAUCCCACUAGGUCUAGGUCCUGCCCAUAACAGUAGUGUCCUCUCCGACCCAAGCGGCGCCUCAACCGCUGUUUCCAGCAAUGCAGCCUCGGUCUUGGAUCCUUCGCCGCCACCUGUCUCAAUCCAAACGUCAGUCGAUCUCGACGACAGUUACGAUGCCGAGAUGCCACGACUCGCGCGACCAGACGCUCCUCUAGAGACUGCUCAGCAAGUCACUCCGCCAUCUUCUACCCGCCCUUCGAGCAACCAGUCUCCCAAGGUUGCCAAGCAUGUCACCAACUCCAAGAAACAGACCCCGAACAAGGGCAUCUCCGACUUCAAUCACAUCACCUCUUCACUCACCAAGUACUCUCAUGAUAUCCGCAAAAAUCAUGUAGAAAUGGUUCUCUACGCACUCAAAUCUACCAAGCCCAGGGAAACACGUGUUUCUACCGGCCACGAUUGGUUCGCUGACGUCGGUAUCUCACCUACGACUGAGGAGAAGGGGACGACCAUGAAGAUUCGGGUCAAGCAACACUUUCGCGGGAGAAAAGCGGAUCAGGGCCGAGAUGCUCAUUACCUGCCAGUUUGCGUCAAGUCAACCAAGGACGCCGUGCCUAAGUACCGAUUUCAUCACACGGAAAUCGUCAAAAACGUCCUUUCUCCCAACUCCAUGCUCAAAUUUGUCCCUGUCAUCCGCGAUCUGGAACCGGAAGAGGAGCGAGACUACCUUCUAUGGCUCAACGAGCUUGAGCGGAUGGAUGCAAGCUGCGGGUUCAAGACGUUAGGCAAUCGCGAAGACCGAGUCAACAGGACUUUUCGCAAAGAGCGCACCGCCACCCUGUCACUGUUCCUGGAUUCUUGGCUCAAGAAGCUCAACAUCGACAAUUGUAAUCGGACGACACUCAUCCGUCAUAUGGCCAGUUCAGAGUCUGAUGACGCCAUCACGCCGCAACAAAAAACGAGUCUGGUCAAUUUGCAUAGCGAUGACAAUUUAGCCGCCACACCGAGAGCUUUGAAGGCAGCAAGAGUUUUCACUGAGGCUUUCGAUUACGUUUUCUAUCAAGAGGUGCCAAAAGACCGGGGAGUUCUGUUGCGCGACGUGCUGAAGCUCGAUAAGUCUGUUGACGAGAUUGUUGAGUCCAAGAAGGCGGCUAAAGGCGACAAUGAGAAAGCUUCAUCUCUUGAGCACUGGAUCGAAACCCAUACAGUCAUGGGUUGUCUCAUCUGUUACAGCAACUCUUGCGAACAUGGAGACUACAGCAUUGAGAAUCACAAGCGCAACUUCUCCAUGGAUUGCAUCGGGAUGUACGGACGGAUGUUCUCGGCGAACCGCGUUAUCUCUUCUAAAGAAGACCCCGAACAUUCGGAUCCUCCGCCCCCAUGUCAGCGGGGAUGCUUCCAGAUCAACGCCAAUACUCCUGAUGCAUCGUCGCGACCUUGGACGGAAGACGAGACGAACUUGCUGCGAAGCCUGUUCACAAUCUUGGAUCACAACAAGGUCAGGGUCAAGGCUCAGUGCGCCACUGCUGAGAUUCUGAACAGGUCCUGCUGGGACGUCAACCACCAUUUACAAUCUCUGGGCAUUACUCUUCCUCCCUUGGAGACCUUUGAACCGGCAAGGGUCAAAAAUCUUCCCUGGUAUGAUCGUAAGAAGAAGAUGCUCAUCGGCGACUGGCAAGAUCACACAAAUUCCCACGACACCAAGGUUCGCCCUUCGAACGACCCAUGCCACCACGACGGGCCCUGCACUGCAGAAAAUUGCACCUGUAUAAUGAACGACAUCCUCUGCGAGAAAUUCUGCCGCUGUACCGAGGACUGCUGCGCGUAUAAGUUCACCGGCUGUGCUUGCCAUGCCAGCGGCAAGACUUGCUUGCAGAAACAGAAGGAAGGCCGCCCCUGCAUUUGCGUGCAACUCAACCGCGAGUGUGACCCCGACCUCUGCGGGACUUGUGGCGCUGUGGAACGCGCUGACCCUGCAAAUCGGCAUGAUGAUGCCCUGUUUCAAACGGGCUGCCAGAACAUUGCCAUUCAACGAGGUGUCAGCAAGGCUGUUGUCUUGGGAAAGAGUCAAUUGGAGGGCUGUGGCUACGGUCUCUUCACAGCGGAAGACAUUGCUCAAGACGAGUUCGUCAUUGAGUACACUGGAGAGCUGAUCGUUGCCGACGAGGGUGUCAGGAGAGAAGCAAGACGCGGAGAGGCUUUUGCUGUUGAGAAGAGUACUUCUUACGUGUUCAGUCUCUUGGAUUAUGAGGGUAUUUGGGUCGAUGCCGCUAUUUAUGGCAACCUCAGCCGCUAUAUUAAUCAUGCUGUGGAGGCAGCCAACGUCCAGCCUGGUAUUCUCUACGUCAACGGAGAGUACCGCAUCCGCUUCUCGGCCACGCGCAGUAUCAAGGCGGGCGAGGAGCUGUUCUUUAAUUAUGGCGAGAACUUCCCCAACCUGACUAAGAAGAUGAUUAAGGAGAAGGCAGACAACGAAGAUGGCGAAGUGGGCGUGGAGGAGAAGGCAGCACCGGUCAAGAGAGGCCGGGGCGGAAGACGUCGAACAGAAAAGGCUGCAGUCAAGCAGACUACACAGAAGUUUGCCAAAGCCAAAAUUGCCAAGGGUGUUCGCACCGGAGCCCGCAAAGAGGCGCCCAAGCUGACAGCCGACGAUUACGAGGCAUUGGCUGAUUUUGAAGUCGUGUCGGGCCCAGGGCGGAAACGAAAACGGGCUGCCAGGAGUGACGAUGAGGAGGAGGAAUACCACCCGUCCCUUGAGUCUGAGGAUGCGCAAGACGCUAGCAAGCGCAGCAUUCCUGCUCACCGAAAGCAUCGUCGUAUGAAAUCCAAGAAUCUACACACGGAUUCAGAAGCGGAUGAUUCCACGCAGACAUCUCCACGCAUCAAACUUGGACGAGGACGCGGACGUCCUGGUGCGUCCAGAACUGCGAGUAGGGCCAGAUCAGUUGCGAAGACACAGACAGCUGCCGGGAAGUCAGAGGCGGGCUCGCCCGUCCAGAAGAAACGUCGCGGGCGGCCACCCAAGAACCCUCGACCAUUGAGCCCGGCCGAGAACGAUAAGGCUUACAUGGGUGACGUUAAGAACGAAAUCCACGCAAGUUUCACUGCGUCCUCCAGGAGCCAGGAGGUCGAGGGUGAUACGAUUUCGGUCGGCCUUGACCCUCCGAGAUCCGCCCGUGGACGUAAGCUUACCACGCGCGGCCUCAGCCCUGAGAUCCAUCACAUGGAUAUUGACGAGGAGCUUGAUGUCAACGCAACCCCGUCUCGCUCAAGGGGUCGAAAACGGAACGACGCGAACACGAUCACAGCCAGGGGACCGUCGCGGUCUAGACGUGCCUCAACAUCGCAAGCUCGCUUAGCUUUGAUCGAUACGGAUGAUGACGUUGUGGUUCGCGCACCGGGUUCGCAGCGCAAGGGGCGACUCGCUCCCUUCUUUGAAGUGAACGAUAGCGAAUCCAGUUAUCAGAACAACGGCGUUGAAUUCGACUCGGAGGACGAUGAUGACGAGGAUGACAUUGUCGAUCCCUCUUUGCGGCGUGCCGCUAGGGCUAGGAAGAAACCAGCUCGCUUUCGCGUGUCGGAUGACGAUGAGUCUUGA